AUCCCGGGUGCGUUGCCACGGAGACGGAGGUGGGGGGCGCGCGCGCCAGUUUGCUGCCCUAGUCACGUGGAGGGGUUGAAGAUGGCGGCUGCUCAGGCGGUGGAAGAAAUGCGGACCCGCGUGGUUCUAGGAGAGUUCGGGGUUCGCAAUGUUCAUACCACUGACUUUCCUGGUAACUAUUCGGGUUAUGAUGAUGCCUGGGACCAAGACCGCUUCGAGAAGAAUUUCCGUGUGGAUGUAGUGCACUUGGAUGAAAACUCAUUGGAGUUUGACAUGGUGGGAAUUGAUGCAGCCAUUGCCAAUGCUUUUCGGCGCAUUUUAUUAGCUGAGGUGCCAACCAUGGCUGUGGAAAAGGUCCUGGUGUACAACAACACGUCCAUUGUCCAGGAUGAGAUCCUUGCUCAUCGCUUGGGGCUCAUUCCCAUUCAUGCUGAUCCCCGUCUUUUUGAAUAUCGGAACCAAGGAGAUGAAGAAGGUACAGAGAUAGAUACUCUACAGUUUCGGCUUCAGGUCAGGUGCACUCGGAACCCCCAUGCUGCUAAAGAUUCCUCUGACCCCAAUGAACUCUAUGUGAACCAUAAAGUGUACACCAGGCACAUGACAUGGGUGCCCCUGGGGAAUCAGGCUGACCUCUUCCCAGAGGGCACGAUCAGACCAGUGCAUGAUGAUAUUCUCAUCGCUCAGCUACGGCCUGGCCAGGAGAUUGACUUACUCAUGCACUGUGUCAAGGGCAUUGGCAAGGAUCAUGCCAAGUUUUCACCUGUGGCAACAGCCAGUUACAGGCUUCUGCCAGACAUCACCCUGCUUGAGCCUGUGGAAGGGGAUGCAGCGGAGGAGCUGAGGCGGUGCUUCUCGCCUGGUGUUAUUGAGGUGCAGGAAGUCCAAGGUAAAAAGGUGGCCAGAGUUGCCAAUCCCCGGCUAGAUACCUUCAGCAGAGAAGUGUUCCGGAACGAGAAGCUAAAGAAGGUUGUACGACUUGCUCGAGUUCGGGACCACUAUAUCUUUUCUGUCGAGUCAACAGGGGUGUUGCCGCCAGAGGUGCUAGUGAGUGAAGCCAUCAAGGUACUGAUGGGGAAGUGCCAACGGUUCUUGGAUGAACUAGAUGCAGUUCAGAUGGACUGAGGUUUGCAUGGGACUUACCGGCAUGGCUGUGUUUGGAUACUCAAGUAUCCUAGCUGAAGAUUUUGGGUCCUGACUUGCUGGUCACAGGACUGCUAGAGUCCAGUGUGACUGCAGGUCCUGGGUUUUCUGAGACAAUCCCAGCCUUAUUUUCAGUCAAUACAUUUCGUUAAAUGUGCCACAAAAUGUGACUUCCUGCCUUUGUAAGGCCUUAAUGUAAAUAAACUCACAUCCAAAUAAAAAAUCUUUUUGCCAGAGACUA